AUGCGGCAAACGAAGGACUGUGGAGAGGCAUUAGGGCGUGGUGAAUGUCGACCCUUCUGGUCUUCAUGGACCUCCUGGUCUGCAUGCUCUGCCACCUGUGGUGUGUCGGAGCGGAGCCGUUACCGUCCCUGCAGCGGUGCCUACACAGCUACUAGUACUGCGGAGGUUGAAGGGAGUUGUGGUGAUCCAGCGAGAGCAGCGGAGGGACUUCAAAAGCGCGACUGUCCUUUACAACGCCUAUGUCCACGAAUUGCUGGUGGAUGGGGUGAAUGGAGCGCCUUUUCUGCCUGUGAUGCAACCUGUGGACGUGGAAGCCGUCGCAGGAUUCGGCUUUGUAACCGACCUCCUCCACAGGGUGGAGGAGUGCCCUGUCAAGGUAUUGAUACUCAACAGCCUAUGCCUCAUCAAACUACACUGUCAUUUCAUCAGGUAGACAAAAUGCAUAAUUUGGCAUGCAGCAUGGGUAAACCUGAGUCCGCUAAAUCAGAUCCAGCAUCUAUACGAGCGGUCUCCGUGCAGCACAAAGCUGAGUCGGCGAAUAUGCUCUUUGAAACAUCAUAA